AAACACCACAACUUUCUAGUUUUUAAUCCAAAGGUAGACAUGGAUGAUCCUAACUUUCAGCUUGGUGUUUGCUUCAAUGAUGCACAGAGUUUUAGAGAUGUCAUAAGACAACACUCCAUAGUUAAUGGUAGGGACAUAAAGCUGAGGCUUAAUGAGAACUAUAAGGUUCAAGCCAUAUGCCAACAUCCAAGUUGUCCUUGGCUAGUCUAUUCUUCUCAAAUGAGAGGUGAAUCCACCUUUCAAAUCAAGACAAUCAAUGCAGUCCAUGAAUGUAACAGAAAGGAGAUGGUGGCUUGUGCAACUUCCAAGUGGUUGUCCACUAAAUAUGCAGACAAAAUAGUUACUGGUCCAAGAUGGCCAUUGGACUCUAUGAUGAUUGUGGUCCAAAAUGACUGCAAAUUGUUAUUUAGCAGACACCAACUGUACAGAGCAAAUAAAAAGGUAAUAGAGAAGAGUACAUGGUCUAAUAUUGCACAGUAUGGACUCAUAUGGAUGUAUGCUCAGGAAAUUAAAAAGUCUAGUCCUAGGACCACUGUUAGAAUCAAAUGAAGUUGUGAAACAGAUCAACUGAAGUUCAAAAGAAUUUACAUUUGCUGGGAUGCAUUGAGACAGGGGUUUCUUGAUGGGUGUAGGUCAAUCAUCUUCUUAGAUGGUUGUCACUUGAAGUCCAUAUAUGGUGGGAUUCUUCUAUGUGCAGUGGGGAUAGAUGGAAAUAAUGGCAUGUAUCCCUUUGCAUAUGUUUUUGUAGAAAAGGAAAAUAGAGAAAGUUGGUUAUGGUUUAUGAAUUUGUUGAAAGAAGACUUGAAGAUUGAGGAGAGUCAGCGCUACACCAUCAUGAGUGACAAGUAGAAGGGGUUAUUAGAUGCAGUGGAGGAAGUUCUGCCUAACAGUGAGCACAUAUUUUGUGCCAUGCACUUGUACUGUAACUUCAAGGUAUCACCUAAAGGAUUGGCACUCAAGAACAUUCUGUGUUAAGCUGCUAGAGCUUCAAGAGUGGUAGAUUUUGAAAGAGUGAUGAGAGAUUUGGUCUCCAAAGAUAAAGAUGCUUUCAAAAGGCUUGCAAAAAGGAAUGUUGCACAUUGGAGUAGAGAUUUUUUCAAUACAAAUUCAAAAUGUGAUACACUUUUGAACAAUAUGUGUGAAAGCUUUAAUGCAAUGAUUCUAAGGCCUAGAAGUCUACCAAUAAUUGAUAUGUUGGAAGCAAUUAGAAAGACAUUGAUGAAGAGGCUACAUGUGAAGAGGGAUAAGAUGGCAAGCCACAAGGAUGACAUAUGUCCUAACAUUCAGAGACAAAUAGAGGAGCUGAAGAAAAACUCAAUAGAGUUCAUAGCUAAUUGGAAUUGUAAGGAUCAUUUCGAAUUUGAGAAUUGUUAUGGUGAUAGAUUUAAGGUGCAUUUGGGAGAUAAAACUUGUAAUUGUAGAAAGUGGCAAAUCUCUGGAAUUCCUUGUGUAUAUUCCAUUUCAGGCAUGUACUAUUUGGGGAGAAUACCUGAAGAUUAUGUUGAAGAAUUGUACAAGAAGAACAACGAUAUGAGAGUGUACAACCACUUACUCGACACACUUGAAGGAAUUGUCUCUUGGCCUGAAUAUGGAAAGCCACCCUUGCUUCCUCCAGACAUUGUGAAGAUGCCAGGCAGGCAUAAACUGCACAAAAGAAGAAGGCAACCAGGGGAGAUCAAUGGUUCAAAGGACAUCCCACCACGAGUUGCCAAAACAGUAACAAGAAUUGGGAAUUUGGGUAUACAUGGUGUCAUAAUGACAUGUAGUUCAUGUCAAAAGAAAAAUCACAAUGCAAGAAGUUGCACCUUGAAGAAGGCAAGUGGUGCAGUUAAUGAUAAAGGCGAGGUAUAUGCAUAGUUUUCAAUUAUUCAUUAUUUUAUUGAGUAAGUUAAUUGUUAACUAAUGCAGUUGGAUUUGUUUCAAAUGCUAGAGAAAGAAUUCAAAACACAAGCUAUUAUUCCUC